AUCUUUUCUUGUUAUCGUGUGUUAUGAAUUUUCAUUAGUUUAUUAAUUAUAUAUUGUAGAAAUAUACUGCAGUGUAACAGAUAUCAAAAAGUUUUAGGGAAAUUUGUUUUUGAAAAUUUUAAUAAACAAAAAAUCUGAUAUUAUUUAUGUUUUUUAUAAAACAAUAGUUAACAAUAUUGUAUACUACAAUUUAUUUCUUAGUCAGUGCAAAAAUAAAUAAAAGACAAAAUGGGAAAAGCAGAGGUAGGAACUCCGAAGUACAUAGCCAACAAAAUGAAAGCAAAAGGCCUCCAGAAGCUCCGCUGGUAUUGCCAAAUGUGUCAGAAACAGUGUCGUGAUGAAAACGGUUUCAAAUGCCACACAAUGUCGGAGUCACAUCAGAGACAGCUAUUGCUAUUUGCUGACAAUGCUUCGAAGUACAUCGACGAGUUCUCCAGGGAAUUCAGUGACGGCUACCUUGAUCUAUUAAAAUGUCAAUUUGGAACGAAACGAGUCCAUGCAAACAAGGUGUACCAAGAUUACAUAGCCAAUCGUGAUCACUUACACAUGAAUGCAACACAAUGGGAGACGUUAACAGAUUUCGUUAAAUAUCUCGGAAGAGAGGGCAAGUGCAUUGUCGAUGAAACAGAAAAAGGAUGGUUUGUCACAUAUAUUGAUAGAGAUCCAGCCACGAUAGCCGCAAAGCAAGCUAAAGUUAAAAAAGAGAAGCUGGAUAAAGAUGACCAGGAAAGAAUGCUAGAAUUUAUCCAACGACAAGUGGAGAAAGGCAAGAAAGAGUCCACGAAAGUAGAAACGUCUUACACGGAGUUCAAACGAGAGAGCAGUCAAGAGAGGCUGACCUUGAAUCUUAAUUUGAAACGAAAGGUCGAAGAUAUAAAACCGGAUCCCAUUACGAAGACCGCAUUCAAUACUAAAGUAAAGGAAGAGUCAACGAGCAAAAAAUAUAAGACAGAGAAGGAUAAUAAGCUAGAGAAAGUCAAACCGUCAGCUUUAGACGAAAUAAUGGCGAUGCAGGAACGUGCGAAAGAGAAAGCGAACAGAAAAGACUACUGGCUGACUGAAGGUAUAAUAGUGAAGAUUGUCACAAAGUCGCUCGGGGAGAAGUUCUACAAACGCAAGGCUGUCGUCGAGAGGGUUGUGGACAAAUACGCAGCGCACGUGAGGCUCACCGAUGAACCCGUUAAACUGAAACUAGAUCAGAACCACGUUGAGACCGUGAUCCCGUCUCCGGGGCGGACGGUCCGGUUCGUGAACGGCGCCUACCGCGGGCAGACCGGGAUCUUGAAGGCUCUCAACACUGACGAAUUCUGCUGUGACAUCGAGAUUUCGGAAGGACUGUUCACAGGUAGAUUGGUGAAGGGCGUACAAUAUGAGGACAUCAGUAAAUUAGCUACAUCAUGAAGACCUUUUAACAACAAUAAUAAAGUAUAUUUUCAA